AUGUGGCUGCUCCCGGCCGCUUCGCUCGCCUUUGCCUCCCCCCGCUCCUGCCCAGGCAAGGCCGGCCGACACAGCAUCCAGCCGGUUGCGAGCGUCGAGCGGAUCUGCGAGGCCGACAGUCUCGCCGGUCGUAUCGAGGACGCGGUGUGCUCUGUCUACGGCGCGGAGAAGACUGCGCGUGUGCGCGCCUCGCUGGCGGAGCUGGCGGCGGGCCGAGAGCAUCGAGAGGUGCUCGAUCCGUCGCACCCUCUGAUGGUGCAGGAGGCCACCUCAUACGUCGCCGGCCUGCCGGCGACUGCGUGGCACGACGCGAGCCUGCACAAGUGGGCGCGCAAGCUGGAGGACAAGUGGCAGGUGGUGCGCGAUGAGCUCGCGGCGUGGCUGGCCGACUCGGAGCGGCUCGCCGCACAGGGGUCGGGAGUGUGGGCGGCGACGGCUCCCGGCACGUAUGGACCCGGUUGGAAGACGUUGCCGCUCUGUGACCGGACCGUGUGGGACGACACCAACGCGGCGCUCUUCCCGCGCACCUGCGAGCUCCUCCACUCUGCAAAGGUGCCAGUGGUGGAGGCCUUCUUCUCGUCGAUGGCUCCGAGGUCGACGAUCGCACCGCACUCGGACGGGUGCAACUUUGUGCUCACCGCCCACCUCGGCCUUGUCGUGCCUGAGGGGUGCGAGCUCAACGUGGGCGGAGAGCGCAGGCCCUGGGCAGACGGAAAGGCGAUGCUCUUCGACACGUCCAUCCUGCACGAGGCGCGCAACGACGCCGACUCGACGCGCUACGUGCUGAUGCUCCGCGUGUACCACCCCGGCCUCUCCGCCCUCGAGCGAAAGGCGAUGCAGCUCGUCUUCGACACGCUCGACGAGCCGGAGCUGCUCGCCGACCCGGCCGCCCUGCGCGAGUACGACGCGCGGCGCCGCGCGCUCGAGGCGGCGUCGCGGGCGCCAUGGGAGCAGGCGCUCGCCGCGGGCAAGCGGAAAGGGGCGAAGGGCGGAAAGGCAAAGGGUCGCAGGCGAUAAUCCGGCACCGGCAGGCUCUGGUAAAUACUUUUCUUUUCAUGCGAUAACCGU